GAAAUUACAAAAGAAAUAAAGGAAUUUAGAAACUAUAAUGAUAGCGAAUCUCAAACACUUGUAUCAAGAGCAUAUAAAAACAUGCAUACUUUUCAAACUUACGAAUUUGCAUUGGAAAAGAAAUUAAAAUACUCACAACUAAAUAGUGGCAUCAAAAUGGGAAUUUGGGAAGCUGCAGAGUUAUUAAAUUCAGUAGUGGAUGAGAGUGAUCCAGAUAGCAAUAUACCACAAAUUAAUCAUCUUUUGCAAACAGCCGAAGCUAUUAGAAAGGUAUAUCCCGAAGAAAAAUAUGAUUGGUUCGUUUUAACUGGUUUUGUUCAUGACUUGGGUAAAAUUUUAUUAUCCCCAAAAUUACCAUUCAACGAACCUCAAUGGGCUACCGUAGGUGAUACAUUUCCUGUAGGGUGCAGACACGAUGAAAGUAAUAUUUUCUAUGAAUACUUUAGGGACAAUCCAGAUUACUACGAUAGCAAAUAUAAUUCAUUAUGUGGUGUUUAUAAAGAAAACUGUGGUUUAGAUAAUGUUAUCAUGAGUUGGGGCCAUGAUGAAUAUUUUUACCAAGUAUGCAUCGGCAACAAUAGUACAUUACCAAAAGAAGCUUUAUAUAUGAUAAGAUUCCAUUCAUUUUAUCCAUGGCAUAGACACAAUAAAUAUCAAAAUCUUUUAAAUCAUCAAGACAAUGAAAUGUUGAAAUGGGUUAUAGAGUUUAAUAAGUUUGACUUAUACUCCAAAGAUCCAGAACCAAUUGAUGUUGAAGCUUUAAAACCAUACUAUCAAUCUUUAAUUUCAAAAUAUUUCCCAAAAGAAUUGAAUUGGUAGACCAAUCAAAAAAAAAAAAAGAGAAAAAAAUAAAAUAAAUAAAAUUAAAUAUAUUCACUUUUAAACAAU